UCUGCAAAAAAAACAUUGCAAACAUUGCCCUCCUUUUUGAAACAUCAAAACAAAGCUAUUGUUUAAGAAAUAAAUUAAAUAUAAAUAGUAAAGGCAAUAUAAAAACUUCCUUAUUAUAAAUACUCACCUGUGUGAACAACUAAAUGACAAUAACGAUUCCAACAAAGGACAAGGCAACAACGGACACUGAACGCUAUGAAGAUUCUCUGCGAGACCCAAGUGCAGAAUCGUCUGACCCAGGCAAACAAGACGCCUCGCAUGGUGAAAGCCACUCUGGCCGUGGGAUUUCAUACCACAGCCAAGGAUCAAAAUGGAGAGUGUAAUAAAGAUUUGGAAAUUAUACUAUUCACACCACAAGAUAAAAAUGGUACCCGCUACAAAGUGAAGAAUAACAUUGAGAAAAUGUUCACAAAGUUUUUGAAAGAUGGAAAGGCCACAAUUAGCUUUAAACAACCUGCUGAAAAUCUAAUGAUAAAAUGUGAUCCCAUACAAUUGAAGGGAUUUCUACAGACCCUUAAGCUGGGCCUUGAGGGUAAGGAUUCGAUAAAUUUGCGAAUGAAUAUUGCCUCGGCAACUGCAAUUCCACAAAAAUCACAGCCACAAACAAAAAUGAAUAUAACAAAUCGUGGAGAUUAUCCAACAAAGGGCUUUCCAAGGACUCUGAAGUCGUUGACCAUAACCGGCAUCAAAUUGUGCAAGGUCACCUAUGAUAUGUGUUCGCUGCGGAAUUUGACAACUUUGAAUUUGAGCUUUAAUACCAUUGAGAAGAUACCAAAUGAACUGGGACGCCUGGCGCUGGUUGAAUUGAAUUUGAGUAACAACAAUUUGGGUGAUAAAAAUGAUUGGCAAUGGUUAAAGGGUAAAACCAUACAGAGCUCAUUAAGGGAUCUUGACAUGUCUGCCAACAAAUUGGAAUACUUCCCACCACCCCUGAUCAAAUAUGAAAAACUAGUCACCUUAAAACUCAACAAUAAUCAACUGACCUGUUUACCACAAGCCAUACGACGUAUGCGAGGUUUGCGAUUUGUCCACUUGUCCAUAAAUAAAUUGGAAUCAUUGCCGGCGGCAUUUAAUAACAUUCCCCUGGAAAUGUUAGAUGUUUGGGGUAAUAAUUUCCAACAGCUAAAAGAAUACGAUUUGGAUACCAAAUCGUCAACAUCUUCGUCAUCAUCCGUCUCUGGUGUACAAAAUUUAUUCACUUGCUCACCAUUAUGGCUACAAGCCGCACGAGCGGUUUGCCAACAUAAAUUGUCUUAUUCAUCUGCCACAUUACCUUGGAUAUUGGUCGAUAUCCUAUCGGAAGCGCCCAAAUGUGCCUGUGGCAAACUUUGUUAUGGUGAUACCGUUCUGGAGCGGGCAGCCAUGGCCACAUUUGAAAAUGUCAAGAAUUUAGUAUUUAGUCGAGAUCGUCUAAUAUAUGCUGAUAUUGUUUUAUGUGGUUCCCAGUGUGCUGGCCGUAAGCAGAUAUUGGCAACAUAGUGUUGGCCCUUGGCGUUCGUGGGCCAAGCUUUAGACUAUUUAAGAAUUUGAUCAUAAUCUGCACUGUUUCACAUAGUUUAAGUUCUCACUCAUUAUCACCCUUGUCAUUAGCGUUAUUAUUACUUAUCUAUUAUAAUUUUUUUGUUUCGUUGUCCCAUUGUGUUUCUUUCUGCCCAUAGGAUACUGGAUAUUCCCAAAUAACA